AUGGCCCGCACCAUCCUUCGCCUCUUCGCGUUGUCCGCUGCUUUGGGCCAGGAUCUAGCAAACACGACCUCACAAGUUUGCAAGGACGCCUAUAGCCCCAGUAUCAACUAUGAUGAAACCCUCCUCAAGAUUGUGGCAUCUAUGGAUCCUGACUUCGACCCGCAAUAUUCGGACUUGCAGGCUAUAUGCACCACAACGUGCAGUGAGGCAUUAUCCCAGUAUAUCGAGAAGAUCAAUGCCGCAUGUGACAAAGACGGCGAUCUAGCCGGGGUUUCCAGCGGGAACAAGUAUAUUUACCAGGCUCCCGUGGCCACCGUCGGCGAGGUCUUUCAGUACAAAUACGGCCAAAGUUGCCCUAAAAGCGGGUCUGAUUACUGCUACUUGACCUAUCCCAAAAGCGACGAUUGGGCCACAACCGACUUCCAAUGUAGCGACAAGUGUGCGGUCAAGUUUUUCCAAAACGCCCACGAGCAACCUGGAUCGGCAUAUUUCUUUAGCUACUUUUCUCUUGGUAACCAAUCCUCAUACUGGGAGGAUACCUUUGCUGGUGGUUGGGAAACUGUCAUUCAAUGCGGCGACGAUGGAAGCGAUGUGUAA